GCACAAGCACUAUUGUCUGGCAGUACUUUUCCGUUGCCAUGGUCAACGCAACGAGUCGCACACCGCCGCGCUGAGGAUCUCCUCAUGGCGAGCUACUCUGGCAUGCUCCCCACAAUCGAACCUGAACAUGUGUCCGGCAUCGAUGCCAGAACUGUCUUUGCAUUGUGUCCAUUCUCAGCAACUGCUGCCCCAUUUGCAGACCGAACACUGGCGAUCUCCGUCGCUGCAAAGUAUAAGGCCGUCUCUGCUGCGAAAGGCCUGCUUCGUUUAGUUGCUCCCCGUCUUGCCCGCAUCCAGCAUGUCUUGCAGUCUUUGUCGUUUGCCAUUCACUCCGAGCGCACGCUCGGUGCGUCCGCGAUGGCCUCCAGAAGGCAUGCUCUCCGAAAAGCAACUGCAAUACAUGAAACAUGCCGUCGGCAUGGGCCAGUACCUCGUCGGCCUGGUCGUCAAUCUCGUACAUCUCGAUGACAACAUGUUCACGAUCAAUAACAGCCCUGUCCUUGUCACGAUCAUCUGGGAGACGGGAGGCAAGACGUUUGUCGCGCUACACACGCACUGCGCCAUGUUCCUUCGGCACAAUCUGGGGCUUACAUCCAAUACCCAAGAAGCACUGAUCGAAUGUUCCCUGCUAGACAUCAUAGUCGGGCCGACCCAGAGCGGCGCACACGCAGGCAGACUCAACAACGUCGAUUACGAAGGCGUCCUUGGUCAAGGCUCCCAGCGCGUCGACAUCGAGUCCCUCUGGUCCAUCGGGCCCACCGCAGGCAAUCAAGACUUUGCAUGGCACGAGUGGAAGCGACGGGGCCUCGAAUGGACAGCUGUCCGUCCCGACGUCUUCCCGCGGUUCAGCCCGACAGUCCUCCCCGCCCGUCUCUCUAACCUCGGCGAACGGCCCGCCACGACCGCCGACAGGAUCACGACGCUCCCGCUCGACGUCCUGCACAUCCUCCUGCCAUACCUCUCCGAUGAGGCCUACGUAAAACUCAUGGCGACGUGCCGCACGCUGCGCUACCACGCGCUCACGACCUUCCAGCCCCUCGCCCGGGCGCGCGUGCUCAGGCUGCGCUGGGCGGUCCCGCUCGAGAGCGAGUACGCGAGCUACGUCCGCACCAAGCACCCCGCGCUCGCCGACCUGUACCGGCAGCUCACAUCCGCGCCGGAGACCGCAACGCACCCCCCGAGCCGCUCUGCGCCCUCUUCUCCGACCGACUCGGACGGCGCCGGCCUCGACGCCAGAUUCAACUCACUGUCGCUGCGCGCGGCCGCAGCCGCGCAAUCGCACGGGAACGGGAACGGAAACACAGACACGAGACACAGGGACCCGCUCGCGCAUCUCGAGAUGGCGCACGCGGCGCACUCGCCCGUCGACGCCGACUGGCUGCACUACCUGAGCCAGGUGCACCGGACGUCGUCGAUGCGCGCACGGCGCUGGGUGUGGGCGCUUGCGGGGGAGGUCGCGCGUGUAUAUUGGAAGAAGAAGUCCGAGGGGCCGUACGCCGACCCUGAGCAAACACCUGACUCCGACGGUGUAAAGGGGAGGGGUGGGGACGAGAAGGAUGAAAAGGAGGGGACAGGUGGGGGUAAGGGGAAGUGGCCGGGGAAGAGUGAGGCAUGGAGGGUGUAUGCGCAGAGCGUGGAGCAGCAGUACGAGAUGCGGCGGGUCGUGCAGGGGGGGAAUAUGGGGAACGCCAGUCAGACGAGAUUCACGUGGUGAGGGUGGACGGUGGGCGAUGAGAGUAGGUGGUAGUGAUACAGCCCUAUGUAUACUAGUCUCACCCUUGAAUUUUUAGAGUAUCCGUCUCGCU